UAAAUAUUUAUAUUUUCCAUUUUUUACACCAUUACACGAAGUAGCGGUUGGAGCCUGAUACAUAGUAACGAGUUCCGUUAGCACGCCAUUUGCUGAAUUUCCACCAAAUUUAAAGUUUCAGUCUUCUCGAUCCCACGACUCUCGUGAUUGGUAUGACUGGCGAACUUCCUCGCAUCCAUCCUCUGCUCAACCUCAUAUCCAGCGAAAAGAAUCCGGCCACCGCACUAUCUCACCUUGAAACUCUUUCUUCUUCGCACCCUUCUUACUCCCCACCACCUUCCCUCCUCUUUCUUCUCCUUCGCCGCGUUUCCUCGGCCACCCCAACCCUCCUUCCCCGUCUCCUCCGCAUCCUCUCUUCCCUCCCUCAUCGCCACCGCUUCUCCGAAGGCGCCGCACUCGUCGUCCUCAAAGCCUUCUCCCGCGCUAAUAUGCCAGAGGAGGCCCUUUGCGCCUUUAAAUCCCUAUCCUUCGUCUUCGGCUGCCGCCCUGGCGUCCGCUCGCACAACGCUCUACUCGACGCCUUCGUCCGUUCUCACAGCUGGGACAAAGUCGAAACUUUUUUCCAUUUCUUUUAUCACCAAGCCCGUGCCUCCCCCAACAUUGAGACCUACAACAUCCUUAUUAGAGGCCUCUGCGCUCGAAGGCAGAUCGAUCGAGCUCUGCAGCUGAGAGAAACUAUUCGUCUAGAGGCCGGGCUGGAGCCCAAUCGAAUCACUUACAGUACUUUGAUGGCAGGGUUGCUUCAAACUGGGAACUUGGAUGGUGCACUCAAUUUGUUUGAUGAAAUGCGUGACACGAAGGUGGAUCCUCACGUGGUUUGCUACAAUGUUAUGAUUGAUGGGUUUUUGAAGAAUGGAGAUCUUGUAAAAGGGAUGGAGAUGUGGGAGAGGCUGCUGAGGGAUAGCUCGGUUACUCCCAAUGUUGCCACUUACAAUGCUAUAUUGAAUGGCUUGUGCAAGCUUCACAAGUUUGAUGAGGUUAUGGACAUGUUGGAUCGCAUGGUGAGCAAUGGCCACCGGCUGGAUUCUUUUACUUACGGUAUUUUGAUCCAUGGGAUGUGUGAGAUGGGGAAUGUGGAUGGAGGUUUACAAUUUUAUGUGGAGAUGAUCAAGAAUGGGUUUCAUCUUGAUGUUGUUACCUCGAAUUCUCUGCUCAAUGGUUUAUGCAAAGCUGGGAGGAUUGAUGAUUCUUUAAGCCUGUGGGCAUCAAUGGUGCGGACAAGGAAUCUUGAUUUUGUGAGCUAUAACAUUUUUAUCAAAGCCCUGUUUGAAAAUGGUGAGGUAAACAAAGCAAUUUCAGUUUGGGAGCAUUUGAAAGUAAGCAAUGAAUUCCAGCCCGAUCAGGUGACUUAUGGCGUUGUCAUUCAUGGAUUAUGUCAGAGUGGUUACAUUGGCAAGGCUCUACAGGCCCUGAAUGUGGCCGAGGAGAAUGGAGAGAACAAAUUAGAUGUUUAUUCAUAUUCCUCUAUGAUUAAUGGUUUGUGCAAGAAUGAUAGAUUAGAUGAAGCAGUUAGCCUUUUUGAUCGGAUGGCUAGACAAGGUUGUCAUCCUAAUGCUCAUAUUUAUAACACGCUGAUUAAUGGCUUCUGCCAAGCAUCUAAGAUGAAACAUGCUAUUCAGAUUUUCAGGGAGAUGAUUUGCACUGGCUGCUCCCCUACUAUGGUCACAUAUAACAUACUAAUUUCUGGAUUUUGUAAGGUUGAAAGGUUCCAAGAAGCUUCAAGUUUUGCGAAAGAAAUGGUGGACAAAGGAUUCAAGCCUGACAUGAUAACUUACAGUGCUUUAAUCGAUGGUCUCUGCCGGGAUAAAAAAAUUAACCUUGCUCUUGAAAUUUGGAACCAAGUUUUUUCCAUGGGAUUUGAAGCUGAUGUUGUCCUGCACAAUGUUCUCAUCCGCGGCCUCUGCAGCACGGGAAAGGUGGAAAAAGCUUUGCAUCUCUGUUCAGAGAUGAAACAUAAGAACUGCUCUCCAAAUCUCGUGACAUUAAACACUAUUAUGGAUGGACUUUAUGAAGUUGGCGACUGCAAAAAGGCAACUGAUUUGUGGAAUGAGAUUUUUGAGGCUGGGUUGCAACCAGAUAUCAUAUCUUACAAUAUAGUGUUUAAAGGGCUUUGUUUGCAUAAACAGACGAUGGAGGCACUCAAGGUUUUGGAUGAUGCUGUGUACUGUGGCAUUGUCCCAACUUCCAUUACUUGGAACAUACUAGUUAGGGCAGUAUUGAGCAGCGGAGUUGUCUAAACAUGCUUCAGCGAUGUUUCCUUUCAAGGGCAUACUAAGUUAUUGACGUACCCUGGUGCCGGCAUCAUCAAGCUCUUUGAGUGCGUUCUCUCCAAUAGCAUCAAACUCAGCAUUGGCAUCUUCUGCAAACUGUGCCAGAUUCGAUGAACGCUCAUCUAGGAA